GUUUGUUAGUUGUCAAGUUGUUUUGGUGAAGUUUACUACUCAUUGUCAAAUAGUAAUUAGAUCUUAUAAUUUGAUAUGAAUAUGAUUGCAUUAUUACAGAUGCGCUUGAACUUUAAGCGUGCAUUUUAGCGGGAAGUGAUUUUUUUUAGUUAUAUAAAGCAUACUGCAUAAAUAUGAGCAAAACAACUAAUUUACCUUCCCAAACCAUUUGUUGGGUUCCUACUUGUGCUAAUCAAAAUUAUUCAAACAAAAAGUUUUAUCCUCUACCACCAAUUAAAUCGAACCUCAGAGAAAUAUGGUUGGCGCUAGCUACAAAAUCCACUAAAGGAGUAAACACCCAGACCCAGCAAAUAUUUUUCUGUGAAGAUCAUUUUGAGAUUUCAUCAGAUGCCAUGAUAAUAAACAGUAUAGUCUAUACGCCAAACAUAAAACUUAUGAUUCCGAAUAAAAACAUGCCUGACAGAAUAUGUAGGACAUGCAAUACUUUCAUUGAUCAUAAGGAGCCAUUUUUUGUUGUGAGCUCUAGUAUUGCCUCAGAUAUACCUUCAAGUAUGGUGGAAGAACUCAACAAUAUCAUCACAGUUAAUCCAGAACCCUUAAAUCAUUUAUUCACAUUUUGUUUCAAGGAAUUUGUUAUUCCAUCGGAUCCCAUACCAAUAAUUUGUGAAAAAUGCAACUAUCGCAUCUGGUUGUUUUUUGCGUAUAAAAAGAGAGCCAUAGAAGUAGAAGACUUCCUCUGCAAGGAUAUGACUCCUGAAAAAUAUGGUGCCAUGGUACUGUGUAGGGCGUGCCCUGACAGCUGUUCUAAUUUUUUUCCCUUGAGAAAGGAUUCCGAGCUCGGAAUCGUACUACAGAAGAUGUUUGUCAGUAACUACUCACCGGAUGUCGUUCCACUCAGAGUGUGCCUUAACUGUUACAACCUACUACAAAAAAUUUCUGAGUUUUACAAAAAUUGUAUAAAUACCGAAGAGAUAAUCAAAAGAAGGGCGCUAUUAAAUGAGAAAUUAAAAAUUAAUAGACAAGCAUCAAUGGUCAGAAAACCAUCCCUUUUACUUCAAACAGAACAAGCUUUUUCAACGCAGGUGGAAGCCGAGAAUAUGACCUUAGCCAAGUUGAUGUUACAGUUUGGACACUCUCUCAAAAAUGAUCUACACGUAAUUGAAAACUGGAAUCCGAUUUGCAUAAAAUUAAAAGAACAGGGAAUCAAUCACAAAAUUCCGAGUCUCAUUAAUAAUUGGAAAAAAUUGACUAGUGUUGUUCUAGAUAAAAUGAAAAACAAAGUUGCACUAUCCGAAUUGGAAAAGCUAGUUUUGCAAUUCCAGACUUGUCCCUCAGACUUGACCAUCGAAUUAGCAUCAUCUAAUAAAACAGUGACUUCAGAGUCUCUGAUGGAGUCUAGUACUACUAAUGUUGAAAAUAGAGGUGUGAUUUGUUGGAAUUCAUCGGCGAAACCUAGUACUAGUAAGAUUAAAAAUGAUAUGCAGAAGUCGAGUGAAACACCUCGUGCAAAAAGUGUUAAAAGGAGCUUUAAACAAAACAGUCGUUCACCUACUGUCUUGAAAAAUUUGAAAAAUCCAGUUGGAAGGCCUCAAAAAUUUAGUCCACAAGAAAAAGUUUUUUUUGUUCAGUCUCUCGUAACCGAAUUUAAUAAAUUGGGAGAAGAUAAAAGAAAAGCUAGUGGCCUUUGGAAGUCGCUAACACAAAUAGUAAACAAAAAUUACAUGCCAGACCAUAGCGGCAUUAGACUAUAUAAUUUAUGGACUAGGCUUAAAAUGUCUGCAGUGACUCAUGCAAAAGAUGGUAGCGAUCCUUUGGACGAGAUGAUUUGGGAUAUGUUGCAAAAAACCCAAACGAAAUAUUCACCCCAGAAAGACAGCAUUAAAGGAUAUUCAGGAUCUACAGCGGUACCGACAACGGCAAGUACCAACAUAUCAUUAUUUUCCAACCAUGAAGUGACACUUCAAGGCGUGCCUAAAGUGACAUCUCAACAUAUAUCCAAAACUUCAAACAAUUCUGUAAUCACAAGAUCUUCAGAAGAUUCCGGCGGAUUUAAAAAUAUGACAGAUAAAUAUAGUAAAAAGAACGAUGAGUCAGAUAAUUUAAAAUUUGCUAAACGGAGGCAGAUAUUCUUGGCAAUACGAGAACAGUAUAACGAACUGAAAAGAGCAAAUCGAAUACAGGGAUUGCCAUUGAGAAUUUGGUGUACUAUUUUUGAUAAAAUGUAUUCUGAAGGCUAUCAAGAAAUGAGCAGAAAAGAGGCAGUACAGGCGUGGUAUGAUGUGAAACAGCUAGCGAAGUGUGGGAGUGUUAGGAAUCCAUUGGUAUGUGAAGUUCGUCGAUUUCUGAAGAUAGUUCAAAGUGAUAGACCUCAAGUUAUCAACAAAAAAAUAACACCGAAAAAGAAGCAACCUUAUGAAAGAGACGAUGGAUAUAGUCCAUCAAACAGGAUUACUCCUAAAAACGUUCCUGUAGAAAAGCCUAUUAGAAAAAAAAGCACUUCGAGUGUAAGUGCCUCCAAUGCUGUACCUAAUCCUUUAGGUAGAAUAGGUGUUAAAAAUCCUUGGAGUAUGGAAGAAACAAACAUAUUACUUGACUUGGUCCUAGAAAAUUUCAAAUCUUUAAAUGGGAAUUUAAAUUGGGCGAUGAUUACAAAGCGUCUUACCGGCAAAUUUAAAAGCAAACGGAGUGUACCUAGUGUACAAAGUAAGUUUGUCUUUCUACGUCGUAAAUUAGCGACGAAAAUAAAAAUGAACGUUCCGUUAAACGCAUUUGAAAAACGCAUGAAAGAGGUACUAGAUCAAAUGAAGAAAAACGGAGUUGAAACAGAAAAAGGUUUUCAAAAAAAACUGCUGGUGCCCUGUAGCAAGACUCUUCAAAGUUCCAUUGUUUCAGAAAAACCGAAGAUUACUAAAGAAGAUAUUGUCGAAACACCAAAAGAGGAAAUCAAGUCACCAAAUAUCAGCUGUGAACAAGAAGUUGACUCGUACAUCGAUCUUGAUUCCUACAACUACGUUUCCUUGGAAGAUAUACAGCAAAGUACGUCAUAUGACAUACCGGAAUUGAAACCAAAAAUAUUUGACAAUAACGACUAUAAGUCGGUUUUAUUAAAAUCCGAGGGAUCCAUCGAAUCCGAUGAGAACCAGGUCAGUACUAGUACGAGGAUGAAUUUUAUAGAUCUCGAUGACGAUGAUAAUGAUAGCAACGAAUAUAUAGGUGGAAGUGGAGAUUAUGUAGGAGCCGAUGAUUUAUUGGAGGCUGACGACGUAUUUGAAGAUGAGACGUCGAAGAUACUGUAAUGAAAUAGUGAUAGUUGAAAUUAAAAUAAAGUUUAAAGACUAGUUUUCUUAUUUUCUAAGAAUGUAGCCAUUUUGCUCAUUUUGACUGUUUUAGCGUUUAGACAUGUUAAAAACGUUUGUCUAUUAGAUUAUUAUAUAAAAAUAUAUAAUUUUUAUUAUAUUUUAGAAAUAUUCGAAUUAAAUAUUUUAUUUAUAUUUUA